AUGCCACUCAAUUGCCCCUCCCCGCGGUCUCCCAUACCCCCCUCCUUGCCCUGCUCGUUCCAGUCCCUCUCUGGCCAUACGGGCUCGCUCAGCCCCUUGGGCCAAGCUGCCGCUCCUGGCCCUGCUCUUCUGCUUCCCUCCGCGCACCUCUCCCGACUGUCCCCACUGACUACAUCCCCUUCCCGUCUGCUCCCAUCGUCGUUCCGCCGUGUGCCUGGUGGCGCGCGUCCUGCUUCCUCCCGCCCUUCCUCUCGCCAACGACGCCGGUCGGGCGACCGCGAUUCUCCUCUGCCCCCCCCCACUGUUGCCGCAUGUGCGGUGAACGUGACCCCUCCAUCCGCCGCCCCUCCCUACGCCGCCGCGUUUCUGGCGAGUGAUGCUCCCCCCCAUGGCCUCCUCCCAGCGCCCGCGGUGGCGCCCCAGAGCGAACCGUGCUCUCCUCCGCUCCUCCCCGUCUUCCUUCCGCGCCCCCAUACCGUUUGGCCCUUGGCGGCGGUUCCCUUGACGAGCGCGAGCCGCCGUCGCUCGCCUCCGCCCGCCAACGCUGGACUCCCGUUGCAUGCCUGUCCUCUGCCUCGCUUUGUCCGCGCAUUCCCCGCGUCGGCAUCGUGCGUGUCCCUCCCUCUCGAGCCUGGCCUUCCGGCUAAGGUGCAUCGCGGGCAGGCUGUCCUCCCCGAUGGUUGGGGCCCGUCGCACGCGACUCCCCCUCCUGCGCCUCUCCUUCCUCGGCUCCGCCUGGGACCUGGGGUCCCGCGCAUGUCUACUCGCCGCCAUCCCGCCGCGGGUGAUGGUGCUCCUGUUCCCCGCCGUGCGCCCGCUCGCCGCCGUCCUCCUGCCCUUCAUCGCGCUCUUGCUCCCUGCCAUGCUCCUGCUUGCCGUCGCUAUCCUGCUCGUCGCCGUAUUCCGGCUCGUCACUGCGCUCUGGCUCCUCGCCGUGCGCCUGCUCGCCGCGGUGCCACUGCCCGUCGUCCUUAG